ACCCGGAAUGAUGGAUACUCGUUUUGGAGCUGGAUGACACAACAUUCUGACUCUGAUUUCGAUCACUGUCCGGACUGGGCAGGGUUGAUGUCAACUCUUCGAGAUAGCUCAGCCUGGAGCGAGGUGUUGCCCCACUUUGUCUCUAGUAUUGACAACUGUCUCACUCACUUGAGUUGAUAAAUAGACUCUGAUAAAAAAAAAAAUUGUUUACUCUAUUUGUCGAGUUGGAGAGACAGACCCACAAAAUGUCUACACUGUGUUUCCAGACCAUACAUAUGACUGUGCUAUAGGAGCUAAGGUGUGAGUGAGUUGUGUAGUAGAAUCAUGUUUGUGUCAGCUACUCGGCUGAGAAAUAGCUACAGAUUUGGGUUGGUCUCUCUGAUUUCUAUUAAAACCUCUUGGUGACUUAGUACGAGUGGGAAGCAAUCUCUGUAGCUCUCUUCUGGACGCUAAAGGCAUCCUUGAGUAUGUCUUCUGGUGGUUUGUUCAAGAUACGGUUUCUUUUGCGUGAUGUAUUGCUCACAAGGUCGUGAUGUAUUGCUCACAAGGUCGUGAUUAUCAGUCACACAAACUCUCUCUCUCACAAACGUAAGUUAUGUUUGUACAUGGUAGUUUUAAAACUUUAUAAUAAAAAAAAAUGCAACGGUUUGAUUUUGAGUCCUUCAUUCGUUAGUUCUGGGUCGUUUGUCUUGGGCCUAUUUUUGUGUUUUCUAACGGGUCAUGUGAGUGUGCUUAGGGUUGGUACUUGUGGCUUGAAUGAUUCAGCCGAUCUCAUGUGUCACACUCUCUCUCCCUUGCCGGCGCACUCGAUCGAUCUCUCUUUCUAGCGACAUGCAACCAGCAAGAAGAAGCUCGCGUCUCUCAAAGCUGAAGAAUGUUGAGUCCGAUCCGCCAUGUGUCUCCGAGACAGUUCCGAUGAACACUUCUGACAUCCCUUCGGGAUCAUGUCCAUCCUCACGAAAGCGGGUUCGCCGUCGUGUCUCAGCCGGUGAUACUGCACCUCCGCCGGAGCACAUUGAGACGGAAGCUGAGUCUCUCUCUGAUGAGAAAUCCUCUGACGAGAACCCCGAUGAAGCUCUGAUUGCAGCUGAUACUCCUGAAAAUCACUCCAAAGAACAGAGAUAUGCGGAGAGUCGGAAUGUUUAUCAAACUAAAGCUCAGUUCUAUCUAGAGCUUAUGCGACCACAAAGAAUGCCAAUGACCGGAAAGUUCUUCUCAAUGGCGGCGACUGAGCGGUACAAAGACCUCUGGGGCCAGAAGUUCAUUCCUCAGCAGUGUAUCUCUCUCACGGACGAUAAUCUCUCUGAUGUCAGAAGGAUUGUGACUGGAGCAGAUUUGAUUCACACACUCACUGAUAUUGAUCCCUAUCAGUCGAAUGUGGUAAGAGAAUUAAUUGCUAAUCUCCAUGAGGCUGAGGAACGAGACGAUGGUGUAGCUGUGUAUGUCAGAGGCUCUCUUGUUGAUUUCUCUCCGAGUAUGAUUAAUUAUCUGUACUGCAUUCCUGGAUUUGAAGAAGAUCCCAACUGGAUGGAAGAAAGCAUUGAUAAAGUUUGUGAUUUUCUCACUGACGGCAGAAUAAGGCGAUGGGAGAAUAUGAGUUCGAAGUAUCUCACCGCUACAAAUCAGGUUCUGUACAAACUCGUCUGCUCGAAUUGGAUUCCUACCAUGAACUACACAUCUAUGAAUCAGAAGAGUCUCAGGUUUGUCUACAUGCUCCAUCAUAAUGAUGGAUUCGACUUUGGGAAACUAGUCUACGAUCAAAUUAUGGCGAUGGCAGGAAACACUACAACAGAGAAGACUCGUUGCAUCAUGUUUCCUACCUUGAUUCAGCAGGCCAUUCUCUUUCAGCGUACUAUACCUCCUGACACUCUAAAUGAUGAAUUCACGGGAACUCCAAAAUUGGUCGUCAAGGACAUUAAGGCCGGUCGAGGGUCUGGAGCAGAUUCAAGUGCUGCCAGUCUUGAAGAAGACAUCAAUCGUACCAUUGCAUUCGAGUUCGCCUGAGGAGUAAGGGAGUUGUACAAUUUUUAUAUCUUUACCUGCUGCUUGUCUAACAAAUAUGUUUUUCUCUUAAUGUGCACCUAAGCAGGGGGAGAUUAUGUGCAAUAUGUCCCUCAUCUUGCGUUUGAUGAAGCCGAGGAGGAGGAUGGAGAUGAUGAAGACGAGGAAGAGGAUUGAGGCGUCUCUGAAUAACGAUUGUGUCACAUCUAAAUUUCUUUAGAAAGUGUGAUGUUGAUAUUAUCUAUCUUGUGGCAUCUAAGACUUAGACUAUACUAUGUGUAUUGGCUAUGCUUUUUAUGAACCGUAUUUGCAACUUAUUUAAGAAUGUGUUUUUCAAGCUCAUGAUUAGUGGUUUAAGUUUUCUAGUUAUCUCCAUGCUCUUGGAUAUUUGUACUGUGUGGUUGUUUCCAGUGCAGGAUGCUUAGGUUGUCACAUUCAGAUAAAAAGGGGGAGAAUGUAAGCUCAGGAAAAGGAGCAUGUCGGAUCGCGAAACAGAGGAGGUGUUACACGAGUUGAUGGAUGUGUAACUCGCGGUUACAAGUCAGUUAUGAGACGAUGACGUGUCAGUGUCUCAUUGGUUCCAGGAUAUUACUUUGGCGUGAAGCAAAGGAGAUCUGGAAGAUUUGGGCUUAUCACAAUAUUAGGAAAGAUAGAAUAUGAUGUUAAGGGUAUUUAACCUGAUUACUUUGGGUAGAUCUAGGUUAGCUGUUUAAGAUUAAAAAAGUUAGAGCAAGAGGUUUGUUCUUGAGAGCUGAAGAACUAUGAGUGACCUUGUGUGCAGCUCGUGUUUCUGUUUUGUGAGAUUAGAAAUUGGUCUGUCUCUAGUCGUGUGUGACUGAGAGUAAUUCGGAUUCAACAGAUGUUGGAAGAUUGUUUAACAGAUUUCUAAUAUACAAGAAAGCGUUCUUGGUAUCCUGCGUUUUUGUUCCUGUAACUUGUAGUCUCUGAGAUUUCAAAAUUCAUCAUUCUCCUGACGUUGCUCUUCGUCAUCGUAGCACUAGCAAGUAUUAUAAAAAACAUUGAAGUUUAGGUGAUUAAUAAUGUGACAAGAACUUGCGACAUUGCCCAUCACGCACGUUAAGUCAAAUGAUAGAUAUUUAGGUCUCAUUUCAGCAAUCUCUCACAUGUUACUGUAAUAAGUAGAACAGCAUAUGUAUAGCGGAUCUCAAGUAAGAUGACCUAAAACCUCGAAUCUAAUGAAAAUCGUGAAGCCAGCAUAUUUAUUUCUGUAUAUGGGGAUUAAUAAAUAUGCUCUAAAUAAUUUUACCAAAAAAAAAUUAUAUAUGCUCUAAAUAUCCCGUAAUAUUCUCAGUUUUCUAUAUAUUCACUACUUUGUAGAUUCUUUCUUUUCAUGCGUUAGAAGUUGAUUACAUUCACGCGACGAGAGGCUUUUUGCUUGCUUUCUUUUAAUGAACCUAGUUUAAGCACGGCCGGCCUUGAGAUUUUGAGAGUCGGUAGCUGUGUUUAUGUAAAAAAAUUUUUUUUUUUCAAAUUUGGGGGUCUAUAAUUUUUUUUUUUGGUGUCUAUUUGUAAGUAAUUUUUUUCAAAAAUUUUGGAGACCUGUUGCGAAUGUUUCACCUAGCAUGGCCUAGGACAGACUCUGAGUUUAAGAUAUAUCACAUUUUGUAUAAAGAUAUAUCACAUUUUGUAUAAAAUCAUCGAUGUAAUAACCCCUAAUAUCCGUUUUGUAUAUUUUAAUAUAUAUCACUAGGGCCGGCCCCGCGGGAUGAAAAUUAAAAAAACAAUUUAAGCAGUUAGAAUGAAUGUUUAAUAUAAAUUUGUAUCAUAUAAAAAUAUACAUAUUAGUUAAAUAUUAUACAUGUUAAUGUAUUUGAAUACUAAAUAGACUAUAAAGCUACCAAUAUUUGAUUUGAUUAGGGAUAAUUUGCUUGUUUUGAUUACUGUUGAAUGAACUAUGUAAAUUAAAUUGGUUGGUAAGCUGUUAGUACAAAACUAUAUGUUUGCUCUUAUACCUUAAUUAGGACAAUAAGUUGAAUAUAUCUUAAUUAGGACAAUAAGUUGAAUAUAUCUUAGACCACAAAUCAUAAAUAUUCUCAGUCUUAUACAUUUUGUUCUUCAAGUUAUUGUUACUUUUAUUUCUUUUUAUACAUUUCUCUUAAUAUUUAUGUAUGCAUCCAUAAUAUUUUUUUAAAAAGAUUUUUCAUUAACUAAUGUAUUUAUUGUAGUUUUAAAUAUAUUAUAGUUUUCGUGCACUUGAUUAAAUUUUUUUGGCAUUGGUGGUAUUUGAAGUGGUUGAGAACCUGAAUGAAUAUUUACUUUCAUAAAAUUUUUGGUGUAUGUUUAAAAAUAAAAAUUUGUAAAGGCUUUUAAAUCAUAUGAAUAUGAUAUUCAACACACUACUGUUGACUGUUCAUAUACUUAAAAUUCUGACGUAGGUAAUUGCAAAUUUGUUGAACUCAUAGAUUCGUUGCUACUUUAUAAAUUAUCACAGGAUGAGGUACAUAGGGUAAAGAUUGCUUUGAUGAUAUUAUAACGUCAAUAUCGUAAUGUGUGUGUGUUUUUUUUUAUCUACUAUGUAUUAAGAAAUAAUUAACACAUUCAAUAAUUUAAAGAGUAAAAAGUCCUAUCAAUUGUUCAUAGUAUAAGCCCAAAGUUAAACUCAAACUCAGCCAAAUAAAUAAAACCCAGAGACACGUGUCGGCCUGUCAAAGAGUGACUUUCCAAGUGGAUAACUUAGAAGAGAGAGAAACAUAUUUUUAUAUAUAUAGAUUCUGGCUAUGAGUUAUUGUCAUUAUCCUUUGGAUGAGAAAAUAGUGAAUAAUUAAUUCCCAAAAUUUUGUUACUAUGGAAAUGCUGUAAAAUAGUUAAACGCGUUAUCAAUAACCCCAGAGAUUAGGAAAGGCUAAGGAUUUACAUAAGGCGAGAGAGGAAUGGCCGACUUCACCUUAUUUUAAGCAUUGUCUUCCGUCCGUUUUAAUAUUUCUUGAUUAUCUUCCCUUAAUCCCAGAAUAUUAGAAAAUCAAAUUAAGUGAACAAAAGUUCGCUUAACGUUCAUCCUUUAACCGUCAGAGAAGAAAGUCCAAGGCUCACGAAACAUUCGUAUCCACUUCCAAUUUUUGCUUAUGUAAUGUUAAUAUAUGUAAUCUUAUGUGCAAGAGUGCAAGGCAAAUUGAAAAUCAAAGUUUUGGUUUGUGGUGUACAUGAAUAAAAUAUUAUGUGGGUCUGUAACAUUAGCACGUAAAAUCAAAAUUUAUUUCUUUUUCCGAAUAAGGCUCCGAAAAUCUCAGGUCCGGCUUACAUGUAUACAGG